AUGAAGUGGUUAAUCUUCUUCGGUAUCUGCGUAGCUGUUGUUCUAGCAGCACCAGCACCUUAUCCACAGGAGGACGGCGACGACAUAGAUAUUCAGCACAAUGAUAACUAUCGAUACGACUAUCAGCAGUACGCUGACGCCUUAAAGAAAAAAGGAAAGAAAGAAGGAUUCUUACAUCCAUUAGACAAAGAUGAAACGUUGGACAAACUGAGAGUGCAACAACAAACCUUUGGUUCCCCUCAAAGGAUUAUUUCCGAUCGUAACGCCGUAUUUACUUCAAAAGACUUUCAAGACUAUUGUGAACAAGAAGGCAUAACUCAUUAUACAAUUACUACAGGACAACCCCGCGGAAACGGGCAAGUAAAAAGAAUCCACCAAAUCAUAAUAAGCGUUGUAAGUAAAUUGAGCGCUGAUGAUCCUACGAAGUGGUAUAAACAAGUUUCCAAAGUGCAACGCUGUCUGAAUUGUACACGGCAAAGAAGUAUUGGAAUGACACCAUUCGAGUUACUUUUUGGAACCAAAAUGAAAGAUGAGAAUGAAGAAAUUAUGAAAUUAAUAGAAGAAGAAGAAGUUAAGAACUAUAAUGAGCAAAGGAAUGAACUAAGAUUAAAGGCAAAAGAGUCAAUACAAAAGAUCCAAGAAGAGAACGUUAAAAAUUAUAAUAGAAAAAGAAAAAAGGCUACCGAAUACAAAGUUGGCGGCUUGGUUGCUAUUAAACGAACACAAUUUACUCAAGGAAGUAAAUUGUAUCCUAAGUAUCUAGGACCUUACGCAGUGACAGCCAAAAAGCAUCAUGAAAGCACUCCAACGAUUACGACGUCGAAAAGGUAA